CCUCCAGCCCUGGGCAGCUCCUGAGCUCAGGUCGCUCGCUCGCGUGGCCGCCUUCUCCAAUUUUAGGGGCGUGGAGGUGGCUUCUUCCCCUUGUGCUUCCGGCCGCACGGGGUUGUCCGCUCCGAGAUUGUUGCGGAGCUGUCGGAAGCCCAGGACGGUGCUAGGGGCGCAGUCGGCUCCGCCCUCCUCCCUCUCUACUAGUAGGCCGAUUCACGUAGUAGCAUCCGGUAGGGAAAUGGUCGUGCUUUCGGUGCCCGCCGAGGUCACUGUGAUCCUGUUAGAUAUCGAAGGUACCACAACCCCGAUUGCUUUCGUGAAGGGUAGUGAUUCGGAAACAGAGAUUCACCCUUGGUGGUUGGUAUGAGAGGAUUCUUGUUGAUUCAACCUGAAAUGAGGGGAGAAGCCUUUGGAGAAUCACCAUAUUGGGUCUGAGUAUAUCAAGAGGACAUUUUAUUUCCUUAUAUCAAAGAAAAUGUUAAAGAGUAUCUGCAGACACACUGGGAAGAAGAGGAAUGCCAGCAGGAUGUCAGUCUUUUGAGGAAACAGGCUGAAGAGGACUCCCACCUGGAUGGGGCUGUUCCAAUCCCUGCUGCAUCUGGGAAUGGGGCGGAUGACCUGCAUCAGAUGAUCCAGGCUGUGGUAGAUAACGUAUGCUGGCAGAUGUCUCUGGACCGAAAGACCAUGGCAUUGAAACAGCUGCAGGGCCACAUGUGGAGAGCAGCAUUCACAGCUGGACGCAUGAAAGGAGAGGUUUUUGAAGAUGUAGUUCCAGCAGUCAGGAAGUGGAGAGAGGCUGGAAUGAAGGUGUAUGUCUAUUCUUCAGGGAGCGUAGAGGCACAGAAACUAUUAUUUGGGCAUUCUACAGAGGGAGAUAUUCUUGAGCUUAUUGACGGUCACUUUGAUACCAAGAUUGGGUACAAAGUGGAGAGUGAGAGUUAUCGAAAGAUUGCAAACAGCAUCGGGUGCUCAACCAACAACAUCUUGUUUCUGACGGACGUUACUCUAGAGGCCAGUGCUGCUGAGGAAGCGGACGUGCAUGUGGCUGUGGUGGUGAGACCCGGCAAUGCGGGACUAACAGAUGAUGAGAAGACUUAUUACAGCCUCAUCACAUCCUUUAGUGAACUGUACCUGCCUUCUUCAACCUAGAGGAGGAUUUCUAAGGAAGCCCCAACUGUCUUCACAGAGCUGUCCCUGUAGUCUAGUUUUAUUCUAAUGGUAAAGUAAUUUACUUAAAAAAUAUACAUAAACACACAUGUAUGUAUGCAAGUAUAUAAAUGUGUGUUCAGAUUACCUUUCACAGGCACAUAAGUGGGAAAAAAUCUCAGUUCAGUGAAAAGGAAACUUAUUUAAAGAUGCUUUAUAUGUAGAAAUUGUUUGAAACCAUAGCUCUAACCCAUAUUGCAGGUAAAAUGUAAUUGAUAGAAGAAACUACAAUACAGGUCAACUGUAUUAUGUUUAUCAAGUUUUGUACCAAAAUGGAAAGGUAGGUUCGAGAUGUUAUUCAGAAGCCUUGUUAUUUUAAAAACUGGAAGUAUUCCAAAGACUUACUCCUAAUAAUAAUUCAUCCCCACUUUUCAUUGUAAGUUAGAAGAUUACAGCAGUUGAAUUUCAAAAUACUAGCUUCCCUACAUACAAAAGACAAAGCUAUUUCUGCUCCAAAAGAGAGCAAAAUUGGGAAAGGAGCUUAUUUGUUACUUAAAAAAUUUGCUGAUCAUCGUGGCACCCUCAGCAAGCAGUUGCCUUACCAGUAAAAAAGGUGUACUGAUAUAACAGUAGAUAUAUCAGUGUAGUUCUUAACAUCUUAACAUUUUUAACGAAACAGUCCGAAUCCUGCCAUUUAUUAUCAUUAUAGAUUUUAUAGUUACCUUUCUAACUCCUUAGCACAGUUUGAGAAUAUAUGUUCAUUGCUAUUUACUGUUUAAAAAAGGUUUACUGAUAGCAGUUUAUAAGACCCAGAAGACCCCUAAUAUGUACUAUUUUCCUCUGAAAUGGCUGUGAGAAAUGUAAAUUUUAUUUAUCCUGGUUAAAUUCUAAUGGGAUGUUAUGUUAAUUUCAUGUUAUGAUUAAUAAAAACAUUUUCUUCACUCA